AUGGAACAGGCAUUAUUACCAAGAAAAGUAGUACGUCGUCGUUUUACUAUGUGUGCUAAACGUAUAGAAGAUUUUCUAGAGAAGAAUGAUAAAACAGGUAUGAGCGCGGAAAUAUUAAAUAUCACCAAAAUUUUCGACGAAUUAACAUUCCUCCAAAACAAAUUAAUGGAUUUGUGGUUGAACAUGGAGGAACGGGACGAAAAUUUUUUCGAUGAUGAUUUAGAACUGUCCGAGGCUUACACCAGUAAAUUCUAUUUGUUGAAACACAAAGUCAGCGAGAACUGCAGUCCUGCGGUAGCCCGCUCUUCGGCCUCUGAUACUGUAAUUAAAGCAGAUAGUGAGAGUGGAGAGACUUCCCAAAGGCAUCGUCGCCACUUUCGUCUUCCGAAGUUACAGCUUACUUUAUUGAACGAAGAGAUAAAAAGUUGGAUUCCAUUCUGGACACAGUUCAAGAAGAUUGACUGCGACAGCGACAUAGAUGAUGAAGAUAAAUUUCAAUAUCUCCUACAAAGUAUUGAGAAAGGUUGUAACGCCAGGGAGUUAGUGGAAAGUUUUCCACCCUCAGCAGAAAACUACCCAAAGGUAAUGCAACAGCUCAAACAAAGGUAUGGAAAAGAUGAACUUAUAAUAGAAUAUUACGUUAGAGAACUCUUAAAGUUAACAAUCGUCCAAAGGAACGAUAAUUCUAAGAUGGCCACUCGUAUCCUAUAUGAUAAACUAAUGACUCAGAUUCUUGCUUUAGAAUCUCUCGGCGUGACGCAAGAUAAGUAUGCCGCCUUUUUAUUUCCAAUGGUGGAAUCUGCACUGCCGGAAGACAUAUUACGCGCAUGGAACAGAUGUCAGGCGAACGUCGCGACUAACGAUAAAGAAAAGAGUCAGCUGACACAAUUGUUACAUUUUGUUCGUAAGGAAGUUGAAUCUGAAGAAAAAAUUAAUUUAUCACGAGGAGGUUUUUCUAGCGUGGAUCCAAAUCCUGUAAUUCCGUCAGCAAGUUUUUUAAGUACAGCUGUCAGAAACAAAGAGAAAAAUGUCGUGCAUACUAAAAAUGAAAUAAGAGAAUGUGUAUGGUGCGAUAAACCCACGCAUAAUAGUUCUGAAUGUAAAAGGCCUAUUAAAUGGGAUUUAGAAGAAAAGAAAGAUUUUCUGAAAAAGAAGAAUACAUGUUUGAUAUGUCUAAAAAUUGGACAUCAUGCAAAAAAAUGUAGAAAAUAUCCCAAAUGCAUUGUUUGUGAAAAAAGACAUUAUCCCAUUAUGUGUGCCGAAUUACCUAAGAUUUCAAAGAAGGCAGAAGAUCAAGUACUUAAACAGUCUAUAAAACCGAGUACAGUUUUAUUGCAAACUGUCAAACUAAAUUUAGUAUACAAAGAGAAAACCAUUACAGUGAGAGCCCUUUUGGAUUCAGGUGCUCAACGCUCUUUUAUAAGGUCAGAUGCAAUCGAGAAAUUGAAUAUUAAACCUACAGGUAAUGAACACUUAAGGCACAAUUUGUUCGGCGGAGUAGUGACUAAAUUAAAAAAUAGAUUAUUUAUAUUAAAUUGCAAAAGCCUCAAUAGUAAGUAUGAAAUUCAAAUAGAGGCACUUGAGCAGAGGAAAAUAUGCGAUAAUUUGCCAAAGAUAAAGUCAGGCUCACUUUUGUCACAACUACAGGAUAAAGGUAUUGACAUCACUGAUUGUAUUAAUGAAGUGACAGAGAUUUCUUUACUAAUUGGUUCUGAUGUUGUAGGUUCGUUGUACACUGGGCGAUCAGAACAUGUAAGUGACAAUUUGGUGGCGAUCGAGACAAAAUUUGGUUGGGUAAUUCAGGGACCUACUUCUGGUACGUAUUGUAAUUUUACUUCAAUACACGCUUGUUCAUUUGAUAUUGAUGACCUGUGGAAACUUGAAUCAAUAGGUAUAAAAGAUGAGGCGCAGGUUAAAAGUUCUCGGAAGCGUGAGGAAGAAGUUGAGAAUUUUUUUAGAGAAACUGUAAACAUAAAUGGUGAGAAUAGGUAUGAAAUUAGUUUACCAUGGAAGGAUACAGCAGACAUUUUAUCUUCUAACUUUAAUUUAGCAAUAAAACGUCUUCACUCAACUACUAAUAAGCUUACAAAAUUAGGCUUAUUGAACGCUUAUGAUGAGGUGUUCAACGAAUGGUUAAAUAGUAACAUAAUUGAGGAGGUUAUGGGUGAUAAUAUUCAAACCGGACAUUAUUUGCCUCAUCACGCUGUUGUUAAAGAAUCUAGCCUUACGACUAAAAUUCGCCCUGUGUUUGAUGCAUCUGCUACGACUAAAGAAGGUGUCAGUCUUAAUUCUUGUCUAGAAAAAGGAAGCAAUCUUAUAGAAUUAAUACCAAAAUUACUUAUUCAAUUUAGAAAAGGCAAGAUAGGUAUUAUCGCCGAUAUAAAAAAGGCCUUUUUACAAAUAUCUAUCCAUCCAAAUGAUCGCAAGUUUCUCAAAUUUUUAUGGUGGGACAACCCUAGCAGCUCAGAUAGAAAAUUAAAAGUUUUUAGACACCGUCGUGUAGUGUUUGGUGUUAAAACGAGUCCAUACCUUCUAUCAGCUACUAUUCUAUACCACCUCGAGAAAUAUGUAGGCGAUACUGCCAGUCAAUUGAGAAAGAGCUUUUAUGUUGAUAAUUGUGUAGUCAGUGUUAACAAUGAAGCUGAAAUGAAAAAAUUCAUGAAUGAAGCUUUGCACAUAAUGAACGAAGGUAAGUUUGAAUUAAGAUGUUGGGUGACUGGCCCUACUUUAGAUAAAAAUCAAGCAGAUACCUCUGUAUUAGGAGUUACUUGGGAUGCUCAAAAUGAUAAAUUCUAUUGUAAAGUUCCUUUUUUCAAACAAGUUACAGAUAAGCUUACAAAAAGGACAUUGUUAUCAAUGGCGCAAAGUAUUUUCGAUCCAAUCGGGUUUCUCUGUCCUACCACACUGAUACCGAAACUAUUAAUACAAAAGUGCUGGGAAAAGUCUAUGGACUGGGACAAAGAACUUACCUUAGAAUUGGGAAAAUCAGCAAGAGAAUGGCUUCAUCAUGUAAAUGCUAUUGAAAAAUGUCGUAUUCCAAGAAGAUUGAGUGUAUCAAAUUUAUCUGGUAGCAAUAACACCAUUCAUGUUUUUAGUGAUGCAAGCCAAUACGCUUAUUCUGGAUGCGUCUUUCUGCGAUCGGAACAUGAUAAUAUGGUAACAGUACAACUUGUUCUUGCUAAAAGUAGAGUUACUCCAUUGAAACCAGUUACAAUGCCGAGACUUGAAUUAAUUGCAGCUUUGUUAGCCACACGAUUGGCUACAGAAGCCAAAUUUUCAUUGCAGCUGAAUUGCAAAGAAUACUACUGGACUGAUUCUAGCAUUGUGUUAGCAUGGAUAAGACGGCAAUCAGGUCUAAAUGUUUUUGUUCACAAUAGAGUGAAAGAGAUUACAGAAAGAAGUAACAGAGAUGCUUGGCGUCAUGUACCUGGUGAACUUAACCCAGCUGAUCUUCCAUCAAGAGGAUGCAAUGCUCAAAAUUUAUUGAAAAGUCGAUGGUGGGAGGGUCCAGCUUGGCUUCAUAAUUCACAAUCAGCGUGGCCCAAUUCUGAUGUUGCUCCAGAUGAAAAUGAAGUCAACAAGGAAGUAAAGAAAAGCUGUUUAACUGUGCAAGAAGGUACCAAAUUUUCUGACAGACUUCUUCAUUUUGGGAAGUAUUCAAAAAUUGUUAGAACCGUUGCAUGGUGCUUGAGAUUUUCCAAGUUCUAUCGACAGUAUAGAAGUUAUAAAGAUAUUACUGCUGAAGAGUAUGAAAGAGCAGAAACUCGAUUGAUGUCAAUAAUACAAAAGGAGUCUUAUGAAAGUUUUGAUGAGAUAAAAUUAAGACUCAAAAUGGAUAUUUUUCAAGAUAGUCAAGAUGUUAUUCGUGUAAAAACUAGAUUGACACUAAGUGGUGACACUGAGAGUUUUAUAACUCCGAUAUUACUGCCUAGCACAAAUGUAAUAGUGAGGCGACUCGUUCGAUAUAAACAUGUUCAUAGUCUUCACGCUGGAACACAAACUCUUAUAAAUAACUUACGAGAAGAGUAUUGGAUAGUUGGUGUCAGAAGGUUAGCAAAAAAUGUUGUACGAGAUUGUAUUAUAUGUAAACGAUAUAAUGCUAAGGCUAGUACUGUACCUUUCGCUCCAUUACCUGCAGAACGUGUAACUUGUGGAGUACCAUUUGAAGUAACGGGUAUAGAUCUAGCAGGACCAGUAUAUCUCAAAUCUAAUCAGAAGUGCUGGAUAGUAGUCUUUACUUGUGCUACUUACAGAGCCUUACAUCUGGAAAUAUGCUCUUCACUUAGUACUGAAGAGUUCCUGUUGACGUUAAGACGUUUUAUUGCACGAAGAGGUAGGCCUAGGAUUAUAUACAGCGAUAACGCUACUAAUUUUCGAGGAGCGAAUAAUGUCUUAAAUUCAAUUAAUUGGGACGACGUUUCUUUCAAAACCUCAGUUCAAAAGAUAUCAUGGCACUUUAUUCCACCACAAGCGCCAUGGUGGGGUGGAUGGUGGGAGCGAAUGAUUCGUACUAUUAAAGAAAUUCUGAGAAGAGUUUUAGGUAAAGCUGCUCUAUUAGAAAAAGAAUUGAUGACUGUACUGUGCGAAACAGAAGCACUUAUUAAUUCACGUCCUUUAACUUACAUAGCAGACAGCACUGAAAAUUUUACAGCUCUUACUCCUGCAAUGUUUCUUAAGGUAGGCAGUACUUAUACAAGUGAUUUAGACCAAGCUUAUUCAUCUAAUCUUGCUACUCGUUAUCGUUAUAUUGAAAAAAUCAAUAGGGAUUUAAAACAAAGAUUUAGAUCAGAAUAUUUAUCGUUAUUAACGCAAAAGUAUGGCAAAAAUAAGAACAAUCUGAAACCUGGAGAUAUUGUACUUAUUGGUUCAGAUGAUUUAAAACGCGUAAAUUGGCCCUUGGGUCUCAUUUUACAGAUAUGUCCUGGUGUUGAUAACGUUGGUAGGGUAGCUCGUAUUAAAACGGCUAAAGGCGAACGUCUUCGACCUUUGCAACGUUUAUACCCUCUAGAGGUGUCACAAUUAGAGGAUAUUCAGUUUCCACGGCCAUCGGGAUCAAAUGAUAAAGUUAUUGAUUCUAAAGUUGAGGUUGAAAAUUGUCCAGCCAAGAUUACACGUUCUGGUCGUCCUGUGAAACUUCCUCAUCGACUUGACAUAUAA